AUGAAGUUCACCGGAAUCGCUUUCGCCGGUCUUAUCGGUUACGCUGCCGCCCUGCCGGCCAUGGGCGCCCAGCAAGACUCUGCUCCCAACGGUGUUCAGGCCACCGGAGCUCCCUCCUUCCAGGGUGCUGCUCCCUCCGGCUCCCCUCUUCCCCUUCCCUCGGGUGCUCCUCAGGGCCAGGGCUUCGGAGGCCAGGGCUUCGGCAACUCUAACGGUCAGGGCCAGGCUCCCACCGUGAGCUUGGGCGAUGCUCCUCAGCCUCCUCCCACUGGCUCCGCUGCCCCUGCUCCUUCUGGAGCUCCUCGUGGCCACAAGAGGCGUCAGCUCGAGAUCCCGGCUUCCGUCUCCAACGUCCCCGCCCCGACCGGCUCCGCUGCUGCUGGAGGUGACUUCGGUGGUGCUCCUUCGGGUCCCGCUCCCUCUGGUGCCGCUCCUUCUGGCGUUGCUGGUGGUGACGGCCCCUCUCCCUCUGGUGCCGCUCCUUCUGGCGUUGCUGGUGGUGACGGCCCCUCUCCUUCGGGAUCUUUCGGUGGCCAGGGAGGCCAGUCUGGCUCUUUCGGCGGCAACGGUGCCGCUCCCUCUGGCAUUGCUGGUGGCAACGGCCCCUCUCCCUCCGGCUCUUUUGGCGGCCAGCAGGGCCAGAGCGGCUUCGGCGGCCAGGACCCCCAGUCCCAGGGCCAGUCCCAGGACUCCAAGUCUCAGAGCUCUAAGUCCCAGAACUCCAGGUCCGAGGGCUCUCAGUCUCAGGACUCCCAGUCCCAGGGCUUCCAGUCCCAGGGAUCUGACUCUGAGGGAUCUCAGGGCUCUUUCGAGCAGGGCUCCUCCUCUGAGCAGGGCUCUGGAUCUAGCUCUUUCGGUGGUAACGGUGCUGCUCCCUCCGGUGUUGCUGGCGGCAACGGCCCCUCUCCUUCCGGCUCUUUCGGCGGCGCUGCUCCCUCUGGCGUCGCUGGCGGCAACGGCCCCUCUCCUUCCGGCUCUUUCGGCGGUGCUGCUCCCUCUGGCAUCGCUGGUGGCAACGGUCCCUCUCCCUCUGGCUCCUUCGGUGGUAACGGUGCUGCUCCCUCUGGCGUCGCUGGUGGAAACGGCCCCUCUCCUUCCGGCUCUUUCGGCGGUGCUGCUCCUUCUGGCGCUGCUGGUGGUGCUCCCGCUGCCUCGGGUGCCCCCGCCGCCGCUCCCUCGGGUGCUUCUUACUAA